AUGGCAGGGUUCGAGUCACUCUCCAAAGUAUUUCGACUCUUUCUUCGCCCAACUGUGUGGUCCCCUGGGCCUUGUCGAAGGUGUUCGACUGAGUAUUGGCCUUCAUUUCCCGGCGCAGGACACGCAUCACGGCAAAGGGCUCUGCUCUCACCCCUUUCUCUUGUCCAAUUUUCGACACAGGUACAUGACCGCUUUGGCUGCUGAGACCCAGAUCCCUCCCACCCAACGACGGCCACCGAGAUGUGCCGUUGAGCUCACCGCACGGAGGAAGAUCAAGUACCUUUGGUUGGUAUUUCAUCAACCUAUCGUAGUGUACGUAGACUACGUACCCACAACGCAAUUAAAAAAGGCAUCUCCAACUCCCCCCCAUCUGCUGCUCUUAACACCUU